CAUCAUCUCCUUUGUUAGUCACGCCCAAUUACAACCUUAAAAGACCUUGUGAUCCUUAUUUUCUUCCUAAGAAGUGACAAUUGAGAGAUGACUUUCAAUGCUUAUGUUCAUAGAAGUGAUGUUUGGACAGAAAGAAACACUCGCCUUUUGGAGGAAUACCUGUGAGAAAAUUUGCAGCCAGUCAUUGAUCUUGAAUUGUUACUCUUGAUGGCUUGUCUUUAGACUCUUGUGAUUGUGUAUGAGUGAUGAAGUGGGCACCUCUUGUGAUAUAUGCAAAGUGGUCUAAAGUUGAAAGUGAAUUUGGUGAUGAUUAUUCCUUCCUUUUGUUGAUAGGAAACAUAGUGUAUGGAGUUGCAGCUAUAGACAGUGUGUCACAGACACAGUCUAUAAGUGACGGCAAGACCUUAGUGUCCAAAGGUGGAGUGUUUGAGCUUGGUUUCUUCAGCCUAGGUAGCACCACAAAGCGUUACCUAGGAAUUUGGUAUAAAAAUAUUCCUAUUGACGGAGUUGUUUGGGUGGCAAACCGGGCAAACCCGAUCAACGAUUCCUCAGGAAUCUUGACAUUUACCAGCACAGGUAAUCUUGAACUCAGACAAAAUGAUUCUGUUGUUUGGUCAACAACGUACCAAAAACAAGCACAGAAUCCAGUGGCACAGAUUUUGGACAGUGGAAAUCUUGUGAUAAGAAAUGAGGGAGACACAAACCCAGACAUGUACCUGUGGCAAAGCUUUGACUAUCCUUCUGAUACACUUUUGCCUGGGAUGAAGUUGGGAUGGGACCUCCGAACCGGAUUGGAACGAAAAUUAACGUCUUGGACGAGUCCAGAUGAUCCAUCACUAGGAAAUUUUUCUUGGGGUUUAAUGCUAUAUAGUUAUCCAGAGUUUUAUGUGAUGAAAGGAACACAAAAGUACUACCGAACCGGACCAUGGAAUGGACUUCAAUUUAGUGGCGUGUCAGAUCAAAUUCAAAACCAAAAUGCCAUGUUCGUCUCCAAUGAUGAGGAGUUGUUCUACUCAUAUACCCUAAUCAACAAUUCUGUCACUGUGAAAGUCAAAAUAAUCAAUGCUAGUUUCCAAACCCAUGUAUGGGAGAAGGAAAAGGAAAAGUGGAGGGUUAACAUAAUUACCCCGGGUGACUUCUGUGAUAUGUAUGGUCUCUGUGGAGCCAACGCGGUUUGCAGCAUCACAGACUCAAGAGUGUGCCAAUGUUUAGAAGGAUUCAGUCCAAAGUCACAACAGGAAUGGAACACAAGCAAUUGGAGACAAGGAUGCAUUCAGAAUGAACCAUUUCACUGCAAAGACAGAGAUGUGUUUGUCAAAUAUGUAGGCAUGAAAGUACCAGAAACUACACAUACUUGGGUGGAUGAGAAUAUAAAUUUAGAUGAAUGCAGAGCCAGAUGCUCCAAUAAUUGCUCUUGCAUGGCUUUUACUAAUUCGGACAUAAGAGGAGCAGGUAGUGGUUGUGUCCUUUGGUUUGGUGAACUAUUUGACGUUAAAGAGUCUCAAACUGGUGGGCAAGAUCUGUAUAUCCGGAUGUCUGGCUCGGAAUUUGAGCAAGAUGGGCACAACAAAAGCGUUACCAUAAUAAUUGCUACCACAAUUGCUGCAACUGGUGCCAUAAUUUUGUUUUGCAUAUUUGUCAUCUGCAGAGUCCGAAGGAACAAUGCAGAGUCCAAGGUAAAAGAUAACAUCGAAAGCCAGCUAGGAGAUCUGGAUCUGCCAUUGUUUGAUCUACUAACAAUCACUACUGCCACUAACAAUUUCUCCUUGAAUAAUAAGAUUGGACAAGGUGGUUUCGGACAAGUAUACAAGGGAAAAUUAGCAGAUGGACGAGAUAUUGCUGUCAAGAGACUUUCAAGAGGUUCUGGACAAGGAAUAACUGAGUUUAUAACAGAAGUAAAACUGAUAGCAAAGCUUCAACACCGAAAUCUUGUAAAGCUCCUCGGCUGUUGCUUUCAAGGAGACGAAAAAUUACUAAUAUACGAAUUCAUGGUUAACGGCAGCCUAGACUCCAUCAUUUUUGAUCAAGUAAAAGGUAAAUUUUUAGAUUGGCCCCAACGCUUUCACAUAAUAUUUGGAAUCGCUAGAGGGCUUGUGUAUCUUCAUCAAGAUUCCCGAUUAAGGAUUAUUCAUAGAGAUUUAAAAGCAAGUAACGUUUUACUCGAUGAAAAAUUAAAUCCAAAAAUAUCAGAUUUUGGAAUGGCUAGAACUUUUGGAGGAGAACAAACUGAAGGAAACACAAAUAGAAUUGUUGGGACUUAUGGAUACAUGGCCCCUGAGUAUGCUGUUGAUGGACUAUUUUCCAUCAAAUCAGACGUUUUUAGCUUUGGCAUUUUAUUGUUGGAGAUUAUAUGUGGGAACAAAAAUAGAGCUCUUUGUCAUGGAAACGAAACUCUAAACCUUGUUGGUUAUGCAUGGACACUUUGGAAAGAGCAAAAUGCUUUACAGUUGAUUGACUCAAGCAUAAAGGACUCAUGUGUCAUCCAAGAAGUGCGUCGGUGCAUCCAUGUUAGUCUCUUGUGCGUGCAACAAUACCCAGAGGAUAGGCCAACCAUGACCUCAGUAAUUCAAAUGUUAGGGAGUGAGAUGGAAAUGGUUGAGCCAAAAGAGCCUGGUUUCUUUCCAAAGAGGAUCUCAGAUGAAGAAAAUUCAAGCUCAAAUCCAAAUCAAAUGACUUCAAAUGAUAAAUUAACCAUUACCUCAUUAGAUGGUCGAUGAAAAUUAUCGAGUCAAAGCUGAAGAUACUGCAAUGAUGCACAAUUUGCAUUGCAAGUACAUUCACUACCAAAGGAUUUUUGUUCCAUAAACUCUUUGUUCUGAUGCAUUUGCAUAGUUGCGUAUAAAAAAACUAAUCACAAAGGUUUUAGAAGUGAUUUUUUUUUUCUCUUGGGUCAAAGGUCGAUUAUGGCUUUUUUUUUUCUGCUUAUCUUUUAUUCUCUUUGUUAUUUUAAAUACUAUUUUACUGAUUUGCUGUGAAGCCUAAAUACUUCUUACGA